AAGACUUCCGCCUUCGUGAAGCGCGUGGAACAGAGACCUUAUAAGAGCGCAGCUGAGGGAUCUUCCUCUUAAAUCGGAAUUUUUCUAAAGACUGAUUCCAGCAGGUUGAAAGUAAUUGCGCGACAUAGCGUUCAUUUAUUUGUAUUCGUUUCUCACUUUGGGUUGUACGUCUGAAGUCGAAUUGAGUGAGUGUAAAUUUGAAAUUUAUUCAGUUUAAUUUUGAAAUCCGUGGCGCGCGCGCACCUAAAACGUUAGGCGGGCGCGCUGUCUGUGGAGGAAAAAAAAAAAAAAAAGACAAGAGAGAAGCUCACUAUCAUCACUCUUUUAACGUGGAAUGAGCUUCCAUUCAUCCAUCCUGUCUGUUGCACAAUGGAUGUCCGUUCCGUCUGCCUAAUUGGCCAAACUAAAACGCAUUGUAGCAGCACUAGUAUAUUCAGAGGAUAGCAAUAGCCCCCUCACUCCACCCUCUCCCUCGGCAUUACACACAGUUUACAACUAACAGCAGUGCAGAUUCUCUCGCUAGUGUCUGGAUUUGCUUUAAAUUGCUGUUUUAGCAGAGGGCGAAGGUAGGUAGGUUUGGGGAAUUUCAGAAAAAAAAAAUCUUUAGAAACACUAGUACCUCAAUUAUUUAACAAUUAUUCUAGUGUGCUGCUUGAAUUAAGGGCUUAUUUUAUUCGCAGUUUUUUUUUACCCUAUAAGAUUGUGACGCUAUUUAAAACUUGAAAGAGACGAAUCGGAAAGCUAUUACACACAAUGGUGUCGACAACGUUAGCUACAGUAACACUGAUGAGCACCGUCGCGCUAGCCGCCCAGGGGCCGAUGACCGACUACCUGUGGCUCCUGGUCGUCGGCUUCAUCAUAGCCUUCAUCCUGGCCUUUUCCGUGGGCGCUAACGACGUUGCCAACUCGUUUGGCACCGCCGUUGGCUCCGGCGUGGUCACCCUGAAAGUCGCAUGCAUCCUUGCUACCGUGUUCGAGACCCUGGGAUCAGUGCUGCUGGGAGCAAAAGUCAGCGAGACGAUACGCAAAGGGAUCAUCGAUGUGAACAUGUACAAUGGCACGGAGCACGUUCUCAUGGCCGGCUCGGUCAGCGCUAUGGUUGGCUCUGCUGUCUGGCAGUUGCUGGCUUCUUUCCUCAAACUGCCCAUUUCUGGUACGCAUUGCAUUGUGGGAGCCACUAUCGGGUAUUCACUGGUGGCUAAAGGCCAACAGGGAGUCCACUGGAGAGAGCUGCUGCGAAUCGUUGCGUCUUGGUUCCUCUCCCCGCUCCUCUCCGGCUUCAUGUCUGCCGUUCUCUUCUACUUUGUCCGCAUGUUUAUCUUGCAGAAGAAGGAUCCGGUUCCCAACGGACUCAGGGCAUUGCCUGUCUUCUACGCUGUCACUAUGGGAAUCAACCUGUUCUCCAUCAUGUUUACAGGCGCACCGAUGCUGGGAUUUGAUAAACUGCCCUGGUGGGGAGUCCUUCUCAUGUCUAUCGGAUGUGCCAUCCUCACUGGAAUCAUCGUCUGGUUUGCCGUUUGCCCCUGCCUCAAGAGGAAGAUUGAACGUGAGAUCAAGUCUUCCAGCCCCUCAGAGAGCCCUCUAAUGGAGAAGAGGGAGAUGGUGGAGGCGCACUGUCCCAUCCUCAAAUCGGUUCCUGAGGAGACUACCUCCACCCUGACUGCCAGCGCACCUCAAUCAGCAGCUCCAUGUGAAGAACGCAGGGUCACCUUUGACAUCGGAGACUCGGAUGACGCCGAACCAAAAGAGGGUGAAAUCAGCAAUGGGAGCGCUCCCAAAUCGGUCCACAUUCAGUUCAACACCGGCCCCACCCACGUCCCCAGCAACGGCUACAGUCAGUACCACACUGUCCACAAAGACUCGGGUCUCUACAAGGACCUGCUACACAAGCUGCACCUCGCCAAAGUGGGCGACUGCAUGGGCGAGGGUGGAGACCGACCAAUCCGCCGCAACAACAGCUACACCUCCUACACCAUGGCCAUCAUCGGCCUCCACGGCGAGUUCAAGCCCCGAGACUCAGACUUCCGCGCCUCCGAGGACGGAGACAAGGACAAGGUGCAAGAACGCAAGAGGAUCCGCAUGGACAGCUACACGAGCUACUGCAACGCUGUGGCUGAGAACGGCGCCCCCGAAGACGGCCUGGGUGACGGAGAAGUGACCCUCGAGGUGCCCGAGGAGGACCGAGGAAGCAACAGCAGCUCGCUGGAGGGGGAAAGUGCCGAGGCGGAUAAACCCGAAGUUUCCAUGCUGUUCCAGUUCCUGCAGAUUCUCACCGCCUGCUUUGGCUCCUUCGCUCACGGUGGAAAUGACGUCAGUAACGCUAUCGGUCCGCUGGUGGCGCUGUGGCUGGUUUAUCAGAGCGGCUCUGUGGAGUCCAGUGCGCCGACCCCUCUCUGGCUGCUGCUGUAUGGAGGAGUGGGCAUCUGCAUCGGACUGUGGGUUUGGGGCCGCAGAGUCAUCCAGACCAUGGGCAGAGACCUCACUCCCAUCACUCCCUCCAGUGGGUUCAGCAUCGAGCUGGCUUCAGCUGUCACUGUGGUCGUCGCCUCCAACAUCGGUCUGCCCGUCUCCACCACCCACUGCAAGGUGGGUUCUGUGGUAGCCGUGGGUUGGCUGCGUUCCCGGAAAGCCGUGGAUUGGCGUCUUUUCCGCAACAUCUUCAUGGCCUGGUUCGUGACCGUGCCCAUCUCCGGUCUCAUCAGCGCCGCCAUCAUGGCUCUCUUCACCUACGUCAUUCUCUAAAGCCUCCGACCCUCCGAGCCUGCUGUAGUGUAGCUUCCGCCGUUCGCAGCUAAGAACACAAGAGAAGUGGCUGUUCUGCCAUCUCUCACUGCCUCGCUACCCUUAGAGCUCCGAUACCCAUCUUCACUGGGGCUAAAAGUUGAUGAAUAUUGUUUUGUUUUUUUCUUUUUUCUAACUAGGGCUUGUGUUUCUUAGCUUGCGGCAUGCGUUGACAAUUCAACCAGGGUUCACAUGCCAAGGGAGCAGGAAAAAAAUUAUAUUUUCUUCAUAUGUUUUCCUUUUUCAUUUUCUAAACAGAUGAAUCGUUGCCAUGUAUACAUACUCACUUUUUUGUAAAUAGUUGAUCAAAAAUUUUUUUUAAUGUAAUUAUGUACAUAUAACUAUUCAACUUUUUUUUUUUUUUUUUUUUUUUUCCCUUCAGUUGAUUGGGGGGAGGGGGGGCAGAGAGAACAAUUGCAGUGCAGUAUUAGCCUUCUUCUGACACCUUUUUACACUUCUUCAUUACAAAUGAUUCAUUGAGACAGCCCUCUGCCUAGAGCAGUAUUUAGAUGUAAACGAGGUCACUGGUCUGUUUGGAUUUUCUUUCCAUUCCUUAUAAUGAGUUUGUGAGAAGUGCUCAUGCAGGUCCUGAUAAUAUUUGACGUAAGGCGAAUUGCCUGUAUCUGGGAGCUUUGUGAUAAAUUUCAGGACGUCAGCUGGAGAUUUUUUGUUUCCAUUCCCAGAUUACUGUCAGUGUUUUUCAGCCAAAUGCACUGACUCUUUUUUUCCUUUCUUGGGGGCAAGUUGUUGCCAUUCCUCUGCUUUACUGAAAAGAUUCUCACACAUCGGAUCGAGAAAUGCACUGAUCCCUUUUUCUUUUCAUUUGAAAUACAAUAUAGUGCUGGAAAAUACGACCUUAUACUAUCCGUGUUGCACUAAAUUACGUCGUCUGUACUGUCGGAACGCAGAUUGGCUCUGUUGUUACUUGCAGCAAAGAUGAACUGUUUGGAUGUUAGAAUCGUUUCUUUUGUAAAUGUUAAAUUUUGUUCACGUUGAUGUUUAAACGUAGCACUACUGUUUUGCUGGAAUUUUCACAAAAUUCUAAAUUGUAUUUUAUUAAGUAUCGUGAUAUGUUUCUGACACAUUGUCCCACCUUUAAUAGAAUACUUAUUGUAUUAACCUAUUCAGGUUUUUUUUUUUUUUUUUUUUUAAUAAUUGUGAAAGCUGUUGGAUCAUUUCAUUGUGAAAGCUGUUGGAUCAUUUCAGAUGAUUUUGUGAUGGAAGUUAUCUAAGCCGAGCUGUCUGACUUUGCGUUGGGGAAAAAAAAGGGAAAAAAAUCAGUCAACAGUAGUCACGUUGGAGUCGGCUUUCUAACGUCGGGUCAUGAUCAGAUUGCUAAUUAAUUCCACUGAUGUAAAUUAGACUGUUACGCCCGUGUAGCUUUAAGUUUUCUUAAAUAUAAGCUCUGUGUCAGAAGCAGAGCUGUGUCAUUGAGUAAGCCCUCUGCGUCUGGUCGCACUCAGAUUAAUCAAACGUCCUUUAAACGUUUCCAGUCUCCAUAUGGUGCUUACGUGCUUUGUGUUGUGUUGCCAUGCAGCGCUCUUGUGGAAUGCUGAUGAAGUGUAACUAGGCUACCAGAGGCUUUGCACAUGACCAGUCUGAUAUGAAGCAGCCUUUCAUAAUGACCCUCCAUUUUAUUUUAACAGACUCCCUCGGCUAAAUCGGUGCAGUUUUCUAAAGGAACCUCCUGCAACAAGGGGUAGAUUUUCGAUAUGCUGAUAUCGCUCAUGAAUACGGGACCACUUAACCCAAUGCUAGCUUUCAUUUAUUUCACCAAGCGAGGUGUUGCGUCGAUGUUGUAACUAGAGCUGGGAAAUGUCAGGGAUAUCAUCUGAGCAAAAUGUACACAGAAUUAAAAGUUAAAUUACAGUGAAACUCUCUGGCUCAUCGCCAGCUCUAGUCAUAACUAAUUUAUGCAAAUGAGACACAGGGAAAAGGGGUGUUUCCUUUCAGCACGAUUCUGGGCAACACAUGGUGAUGGUAGUUUCAGGACCAGUGUGUAAACACACAUCUAAAGUAAAACAUGAAAAGGUGUGAAACUUUAUUCAUGCUGCAGACACGACCUUAACAUUCUCCUGUAAAACUUGAUGGCAUCCAAUCAUGCGGUGCGGCACUUCUUGUUAGCAUCACAUGCUAAUCCUGCUAAGCUUCAGCUUGCCUGUUAAACCUUUAUAAACCAGAGGAGCCUGCUGUUCUUCGCUAACAUUGCCAACAUGCCAGGGUUAGAUACGAGACGCUGCUCUUUAAAGGAAUAGUCACACCACACACAGUGAUUAGCAUGAUGUAAUUCACAACAUGCUAAUCGGUUAUCUGGCAUCUUUUGGUGUGUGUUUCUUUUAAGCAGGGGUGUGCAGGCAUUCUGAUGAAGCAAGGAGCUCCACCUGGAGAUUUUUCUUUUAUUAUUGGGUUUUUAUUAGCGCCCCCUGUUGGAGUGAUAGUGGCCGUGCAGUUACUGCUGUAAAACCUGCGUUAGUGAGCGAGUGGCGAUUUCGCUGCCGUGCAUUUUGACCUUUAGAUUUGCUGUAGUUGCCUUAAUAUUGUUCUGUUUUUUUUAUUUUUUUUAUUUUAUUUUUUUUAGGUACCAAAGAAAACUAUUGGUGUGUAUAUUGUAAACAUAUACUCUUUUGUCAUGGACAAAAAAAUGAGGGGAAAAAAAUAAAUAAAAAGCUUUUUUUGGGGGAAA